AUGACCCACUGCAAAAAUGUUUCACCUCCUUUCCCCCUCUCACAUCACCUCCCUUCCCCCUCUCACAGCACCUCCCUUACCCCUCUUACAGCACCUCACUUCCCCCUCUCACAGCACCUCCCUUCCCCCUCUCACAUCAACUCCCUUCCCUCUCUCACAGCAGCUUCCUUCCCCCUCUCACAGCACCUCCCUUCCCCCUCUCACAUCACCUCCAUUCCCCCUCUCACCGCACCUCCCUUCACCCUCUCAUAG